CCUUUUCAAACAUUUCCUAAAAUAUAGUUCGUGCAUUUCGCAGGAUUUUAUGGCAAAUUUAAUAGAAGUAGAAGUGAUUUUGGCUACAUUUUGUUCCUUGAUUAUUAUUAUUAUUUUUUAAACAAAUUGUGGUUACUCUUAAUGCCAGUAAGCUUGGCAAAUAUAUUGUGCGACAAUGUCUGUGCAUUACAAAUUUAAAAGUGCUCUAGACUUUGACACAGUCACAUUUGACGGCCUCAAUAUUUCAGUCGGCGAUUUAAAGAGAGCGAUUAUACACCAAAAACGAUUGGGAAAAGUGACUGACUUUGAUUUGCAAAUAACAAAUGCUCAAACUAAAGAAGAAUAUCAAGAGGAUUCGGCGUUAAUUCCGAAGAAUACGUCACUUAUUAUUGCCCGGAUUCCAAUAUCUCAGCCAAAAAAAGUUUGGAAUCCCCAAAAUAUAGAAAAAACUCAGCAGACACGAACGUUAGCUCGAGCAGAUGGUAACUCUUUAGACCUAUCAAAAAUGAAAGGCAGUGAAGAAGACAAAAUAUUGGAAAUGAUGAUUCAAAGUACAGCUGAUUACGAUCCUAAAAGCUAUCAUAGAAUAAGAGGCCAUUCUCAAGUUGGAGAAGUUCCUUCUACCUAUCGCUGUAACAGGUGCAAGAAAACAGGACAUUGGAUAAAAAAUUGCCCUUACAAUUUAGGCAAAGAGCAUAGUGAUGUCAAAAGGAAUACCGGAAUACCAAGAUCGUUCCUUGACAAAGAUGAUAAGGAUACUGCUGUCGAUUUCCCAGAGCCAACAGUGGCUAUUGAAAGCAAAAAAGAAAUUCCUGAGGACUUAAUAUGUAGCAUUUGUAAGGACCUAUUUGUUGAUGCCGUCAUGAUACCCUGCUGCGGAAGCUCUUUUUGUGAUGAUUGUGUACGAAGCGCACUGCUUGAAUCCGAAGAUAAUGAAUGCCCCGAUUGUAAGGAAAAGGGUUGUUCGCCAGGUUCAUUGAUUCCCAACCGUUUUUUACGAAAUUCAGUAAAUGCAUUUAAGAAUGAAAAUGGCUACACAAAUUUGAGAUCCAAAAAAGCUGUUGAAGAAAAAUCAAUUGAUCAUGGAGAGAAUUCUUUGAUGAAAGUGAAAGUCGAUGCAACUGACGUCAAAAAAUCGGAAGAAACCCAGACGAAGGCCGCUACUCCUCCAAAGGAAAUAUCAAAAUCUGAUGAGAGCUCAAAAGAGAAAGAUGUUGAAAUCAGCUCAAAUGUCGAGACAUCAAAAACUGAAGAGGUUGAAUCCGAUUAUGAGGACAAUAUCACCAUUAUGAUGCCUCCAGUGUCAGCUAAAAAUUCGAAUGCUGGGACAAUCGAACAUAGUGGACGCAAUGUUAGUCACCCGAAACCCCCGGGUAUAGAAAGCUCACCACAUCAUAAGUUGCAGAUAUCGCCGUCAGAUAUUCAUAAGAGAGACAGCCAUUUUGGCUCAGAUUCUCAAAAUAGCGAAUGGGAUCAUGAUUACAAAUCUGAAAGAGAUUACGCAGAAGAAGAUGCUAAUGGCAACGUGUUUUAUAAGAGUUCCACUUUGAAACAGCAUAGCCACCCCAUAAGUGCGCAAUUGCAUUACGGUCCGAAUAAGAUUCAAGUACGUCCACCAAGGCCAAACCAUUUAAUGGACGUGUAUGCAGGCCCGCCGAAUAGAGUUAACGCUUAUCAGCAGAUGCCCGUUCCACAUACCAUAUCUCAAGAUCCAGUUCAAGGACAACCCAUGAUGCCAUUCGGUAUAUAUAAUCCAAUGGGACCUAGACCUAAUGUUGGUUAUCAACAUUCUGUCCGACCGAUGUUCCACAAUGCACCACCUGGCUUUCCACCUAUUCGAUGCCCACCUACUGAUAUGCAUCAUCCUAAUAGUAAUUUAGCUUCGGUUUAUCAGGGUGUGGCGGCCAAAGUUGGUACUGGAAUAAUUGAAGAUCCACUUGAAACUUUUAAUCGACUUAUGAAAGAAAAGGAGCGUCGCAGAGAAGAACGUCGCCGAUCGAUGGAACGCCGCCGCUCUUGGUCUCAUGAAAGGCAACAUCGUGGUCGUGUUCAUGCAUCACCAUAUCGCAGACCUUCUCGUGAAGUUAAGGAGAAGCUUAGACCACAUGACAGUGAUCGAAAGCGUGAUAAUGGAUUCGAUCGUAAUAAAUCGAUUAGAAGAAGACGAUCUAAUUCUUUUAGUGAUAAAAGUUCGAGGUCGAGAUCUUGGUCUAAUUCACCAAUUAAAAAACGUUCAAGAUCACCAUACAAUAAACGAUCUCGUAGUCGUACACACACAUUUCAAGAAAAACAACGUGACACAGGGAAAAGUCAUAAUAACAGAGAAGUUGAUUUACACCAAGAGUUAGCAAUGCUUAGACGUAGUACAAGUGAGGAAAGAGCUCGUUGUUUACGUCAAAACAACUCUGAAUGGUAUCCUCACCAAGGCACCUCUUUUGGUUCAUUUGAUUCUGAAAAAUUUUCAAUAUCACGAAAGGAUAGAUUUCAGGACGGUCAACUUGAAACUUUGGAGCCGCCUCCACCUGGUUAUGAACUAAAUCCGUCAUCCUAUAAUAGCAAUUACAACCCUUUACAGCAAGAUUAUGUACAUCCAAGAAAGCGAACGGAGCGCACUGCAAGUGAUACAAAAGAUAAAAGGCAGUUUGAAUCUCGCCGCAGUUUGGAUAAAAAUGAUGCCAAAACCGUUAAUAAGGUAACCGAUAAAAAAGUUAGGCGAACUCGUAGUCCGACACCAGUUUCUAAGAAAAGAUCCGGCAGCUGUGAUAAAUUAGAAAAGAACUCUAAUAAACGGACACGAAGUAAUUUUUCUACUUCUCGGAAAAGUAUAGAACGAAGCAAACCCGACGAUUAUCACAAACGAGCAGAAGCAAGUUCGAAUGAAGCAGCAAAACGGAAUAACGAAAGGCCUUUGAAAACACCCGAUGAUACUACUGCAAAAAUAGGAGGAGCUAGUCGUGUAAAGAACGAGAAGCCAGAAAGUUUUGAUCGGCGAACAAGCCCAGAAAAUCAGAGAAUUAGGCACGUCAUAGUGACUAAGGAUGAUGAAGUUCAUUCGAAUUCUAGUAAGGAAGAAAAAAACUCAAAGAAACUAAAGGAUAAAGAUCGAAAAAAGAGGAGGAAAGAAAAAACUGAAAGAAAAAAGGUAAAGAAGGAUAAAAAAAGUAGGCGGGAUCGUGAGAGACUAAGGACCUCAGUUGAAGCAGAAGAUAGAAAACAGCCUGAUGAAUAUGAUGAAACAAAAGAUAUUUAUAUAUCCAGAACUCCGGAAUUAAAUAUUUGUACAAAUAUUUCCCUAACUGGUGAGGUAACUUUAAUUGAGGAAAAUAAAGUUAACACUAGUUCUUCAUUAACUCUUGGAGGCGAUGUCGAUACAAAAAAUAAAAAUAAAGAAAACUCACAAGAUAGAACAAAUGCGGUGACAAAUACUAAUGAGACUGAGUUCAGACGUGUUGACUCAGUUUUGGAUAUCCUUGAUUAUGAAACCGAAUUCGACGAUCUAAAUUCUCAAAGCCAACAAAAGCAAAAAAACGUUGCACCCGUCCCGGAACCUUCAAAAUGGGAAAUUGAUGAGCAGAACAACACUAUUGCUAGUCAAGUUGUUAGUUUGGAGCCUGAAUAUAGCACCGAUUACCAAAAUGAAAAGUUGCCUAAUGAGAAAGUUACUAACGAAGUAUUACGAAAAGCUGAAAAUGCAAUAUUUGCUCGAGCAAUUAAGGCAAUAUAUCCUUUUGAGAAAAGCGAUGGAAGCAAUGAUCAUCAGAGAGUAUACAGCGAGGCGCUACCAAGAAUCCCUGCGAAAGACAAGAUUAAAAACUUUGAAAUUACUGUACCAACUAGUAAUAGUCAAGAACGUUCAGUGCAAAUAAAAGAUGAUAAUUCGUCGCAUUCCCCAAAAGUAGUUAAAUCGGUUAAAGAAAGACUUGGGAGCAAAAUAACCCCGAAAUAUGACUACUCACCUGGUCGAGAUAGUAAACAGAAUCUUAUGAAGGUUAAUUCAAUGGGCCGAAGUGCUUAUGAACGGGCGGAAGAGAGAAAUCGGAAUAAGUUUAAAGACCGUAAUCGCGACAAUCGUGAUACGAGGGCGAGCCAUGAAAAUCGAGAUAGAAACAAUGAUCAUAAGGUUCCAACGCUAUCAAACAGAGAUAGAGACCGAGAAAGAAACCGUGAUCGCGAUCGUGAUAGAUAUCACGAAAAUGAUAAAUAUCGAAACAAAGAUCGUGAAAGAAUCCGAGAUCGGGAAAGAGGUAAUUUAAAAGACAGUCGAAAUAAAUCCCCAAAGCAAUUGGGCCGUGAAAUCGACAUAACCUCACGAAGUAGACCACGUGUUAGAGAUAGAGACGAUGAUGAAAGUUCGCAUACCAGUUUAGUUCAUAAGGGAAGGGAAAAUACUCCCAACAAUUCAAAAGAGAAACACAAAGGAAAGAAUAGAAGUUCUGAAGAACAAGGUGAGGUCUGCAUAGACCAAAUAAAUAAAAGAAGAAGUGUCUCAAAAGAAAGGAAUAAAAACGAAACUAGCGAUUCAAAAAAAUCAUUCUGUGAAUCAGAAAACAGAUUAAAGUUACAUAAUUCUAGCGCCUGUAGUUCUUCGGGGUCUGCUGAUACAAGCUCUGAUUCAGAAUCCGAUGAGGGUAAAAGGAAGAAGAAACAUAGGUAUAAAAAAGACAAGAAGCGUUCGAAACGUUCACUAUCGGCUGAAUCCGCUGAAAGUUCAAAAGAGAAACAUGCGAAAAACAAAAAACGAAACAAAUCAUCAAAGAAGAAGAAGAAAAACAAAAAGUAGUCCUUCAUAUUUCAUAUAUAAAAAGAUAAUUGCAAAUAUUUAAUGUAUAGCUGUUAUACUAGGUUUUGUGUAAUAUUGAAUAAGCAGGUAUUCAUAUAUCAUAAUAAAUGAAGCUGGAUAUACGAUAA